CUAUGCGCAUCUCUAACGCGCAUCUACGUCACCGCCUGACAUCCACCAUAGAGAAGGGCGGGAGAUAGAAAUCCAGGAGCGCGGAUCUCAAAACCCGGGCUCUCCUCUCCUCCAGCUGGUUCCAAGCUGCAACCCUACAUCCAACAAACACCUCAACACCGGGCCUCCACACACAGGCACAGGCAGUCCCUUAAAGACAACAUAAACGAGGAAUAAUACGACGAUAUAAGUGGAAAUAUUAACGCACAUGUCUUGAAGCGGGUGCAGGAAAAAUCGUAAACAACAGAAAAACAGAGGGAAAUGUCUUGGAGGCCGCGCGGUGAUGAUAGUGAAGAAGCCAUGCAUCAAGACACCGAUUCCGAUGUAGCAGAACGAGGAGACGGUGGGAAAGUGAAGGUGAAAUGGACCCAAGAGGAGGAUGAUAAGCUCAAGUCGCUGGUUCAGAAAAUGGGAACGAAUGAUUGGAAACACAUUGCCAACUACAUACGAAAUCACAGUGAACCCCAGUGUCAGCACCGCUGGUUUAAGGUCUUGGAUCCAGAAUUGGUUAAAGGCCCUUGGACCAAAGAGGAGGAUGAGAAGGUCAUAGAGCUUGUAAAUCAGUACGGCAACAAACAGUGGGCCACGGUAGCCAAGCACCUGAAGGGCCGACUGGGGAAGCAGUGCCGAGAGCGCUGGCACAACCACCUCAACCCCAACGUGAAGAAGUCCUCGUGGACGGCGGAGGAGGACCUCAUCAUCUACAAGGCCCACUGCCUGCUGGGAAACCGCUGGGCCGAGAUCGCCAAGCUGCUCCCUGGAAGGACGGACAACGCCGUGAAGAACCACUGGAACUCCACCAUCAAGCGCAAACUGGAGAUGGGUUUCUACGCCGGGGAGGUGUUCGGGCCGAAUGAGCUUGAGGAGCUGCUGGCUCGUGUUAAUAAAGACGAACAGGGGCUCAGUUGUUCCCAAGACGGUCCAGAAAAGGAGACGGAGCAGAGAACACAUUCUUCAGAAGCACCCGUCGCCGCCUCUGUUAAAGUCGUCCCCGUUGAAGCAGGGCCAGCGAUCGCUUCGUUGUCUCCAAAGCAGAGUUUGAGCCCGAAGAGCGAAGCACAAAGCCCAGGGGAGAACAGCACCAGCUGGGUGGUGGACAGCUCCGGCUUCCUCUCACCCACCGGCCCCGUGCUGAAGGAGGUGCUGGACAUGGUGGACGGGGAUAUCGACGGCUGGUGCAACCUGGAAGCCUUCGACCUCCCGGUGGACAGUCCGAGCCCGGAGCGCCACCAGUUCCGCCUGGAGGGCAGCGCCUUGCAGGAGCUCAGCAAAAACAGCAAAGGGGAGCUCAUCCCCAUCUCUCCGGGGGGAAUCACCCCUCCCUCCAUCCUGAAUCACAGGAGCCGGAGACGCAUCGCCUUGUCUCCGGACGGAAACAACUCCAUGACUCCCAAAAGCACUCCGGUCAAAAACCUGGCCUUCUCUCCGUCUCAGUUCCUCAACAUGUGGACCAAGCAGGACACACACGACCUGGAGAACCCAUCGCUCACGUCCACGCCCGUGUGCAGCCAGAGAGCGCUCGUUGGCACGCCGCUGCAGCGAGACAAGACGCCCCUCACCCAGAAGGAAAACUCAGUAUUUGUAACACCCAACCACAAGUUGCACCUGUGUACGACCCCGCGAACUCCCACGCCGUUCAAAAACGCCAUGGAGAAGUACGGGCCUCUGCAGCCUCUGCCUCAGACGCCGAACCUGGAAGACGACAUCAACGAGGUGAUCCUGAGAGACUCCGGGAUCGACCUGGUGUCGGCGCGGUCCACCCCGCCUGAGCAGAGACGCAAAACCAUGCACCGGGCUCCUAUGAAGAAGGUGAGGAAAUCCCUGGCUCUAGAUGUAGUGGACUGCCAUGUGUCGAAACGCAAGGCCAUCAAACUCGAAGCCAAACACAACAUCAAGGACGAACCCAUGAUCGUGUCUCUCAGCUCCUCGUCGCUCUGCAGCAAGCAGGACAAUAUCUUGGAUCAGGGCUUCCUUAUGGGACCCAGUGACAGCGCCAUAUUCCCCAGCACCACGCUGCCAGCUCUGAUGUCUAAAGAAUGGGAGACGGUUGUUUGUGGGAAAACUCAAGACCAGCUCAUAAUGACGGACAGAGCACGGCGCUACCUCCGCUCGCUAAAACCACACUCCACGAACCGGGCUCUCAUCCUGUCCUGAGAGCUGUUCACACCAACACGCACACACACACACUGAUGUUGUUGUUGUUGUUGUUGUUUUCUCCCUGUACUGUUUACUGUUGUAAUAUGUCCUCGGUGGAAAUGAAACAUGUCAUGUGUACUCCAUUUCUUUGUUCCUAGCAGUUUUAAACAUUGAUAAAAUAUAGCUCUAUCUGUAAUUUCAGAGAGAAAUGUGCUCUUAUGUUUAAUCUCCCAAACUCCAAAGGCUUUAAAAAACAGAAUCAAUCACACUUCGUUGUACUGUCACUUAAAUAGAACAAUGGAUGUAAAAUUGCCCAAAAAAAAUCACGGCUAAAUAAUGUUGGUAUCAGAGCGAAGACAGGGUUUUUACGUAAUGCAUAAUGUGUGUGUAAUUUAACAGAUUUUAAUGUGUCAACAGUACAGAGAGCCUGCGUAUCUUCAGUACUGUUUGUAUAAAGACUUGAAUACGGAGGGAAUUCAGAAAUGAGUCGAGGGGUUCGUGUUGAAAAAUGUUAAGUUAAAGUGGUGUUGUAAAACAUCAGUUUGGCAUGCGUGUAGAUUUAUAACAAGCAUCUCAAUACACAUUUGAGCCUGCCUGGAAUGUGACUGCAGAUCCCUUUCCUCAAGGGGACUUGCUCUCUGUUGGGAUGCUACAGAGUGAUGAAUAUACGUAGGAAGGUUUGUGUUGCUGUAUUCGUGUAGUUUCAACAUAAUGGAGGCGUGGAUGUUGUACCACCAUCGAUGGCAGCAGCAUUAUGUCUUUUGGCACUGUUUGUACAUAUUUAGAGUUGUGUGUUUUUUAUCAAGAAGUUUAAUAAAACACAAAUAAGUCCAA